AUGCACGUCACGAUCCGAGCCGCCCUCGCGCUGCUGCUCGCGCUGUCAGGACGAUGCUGGGCCGAGGGAUCGACGAGGAUGGGAUGCGAGACGAUGACGCGCAUGGCAGCGGGAGCGCAGGGAACUUUGAUGACGGGGAUGGCACUGCAGCAUGAGGGAGAGAGGGGGAGCCUGGGGGAUACGAGUUUCAGAGUGUCGGGAUGGAAGGAAGACGCAGGCAGCAUGGCUUUGCGAUCAGCGCAUGCAAGGGCGUCUCUUCGGCUGAGGGGUGGGGCCGGUGAAGAUGAGGACGAGGUCCAGCGCCUGAUAGAGAAUGGAUGCUCGUUAUGGGAUGAUGAGAAAGAUGCAAGUGGGGCAGAGCGAUGCUUCCUCAAGGCCAUUGAGCUGAGCCCCAAGAACGAAGAGGCGCUUUCCUCCUACGGCGUUCUUCUGCACGAGUCCUCGAACAACUUCCAAGAAGCCACGAAGUACUUUGAGAUGGCAUUAAGCUCAAACCCAUCCCACAUCGAUUCUCUUCACUUCUACGGGAACAUGAUGCAUGCUAUGCACGAGGACCUCAAGGCAAAGAUGCUUUACGAGAGGGCGAUCCAGGAAGCAGAACGCAUGAUUGCAAAUGGAGAAGAACCUCACAUUCUCUAUGUUGAGACCCUGUGCAACUAUGGUGCACUGCUCGAGAAGGCGCUGGGAGAAGUUGAUGCUGCUGAGAUGGCGUACAAGAAAGCUCUAGAAGUCAACCCGGAGGAUACGUCAGUCCUGUUCAAUUACGGAGUGCUUUUAGAAGAUCGUAAGGAUGACGUCGACGGAGCUCAGACUAUGUACUUGAGAGCAUUAGAAAUCGAUCCUGAAGAUCUCAACGUGCUGAUGAACAUGGCGUUGUUGCUGCAGAAUCAUCGGCAUGAUUAUCACGCAGCGGAAAAGUACUUCACAAAGGCGAUGGAGGUGAACCCGGACAGAGUUGAUCUUCUUUCCAACUUUGCUGUUUUCCUUGAGGACAUUCGGCACGACACAAAUCGUGCGACGGAACUUUACUUGAAAGCUCUGACAAUCUGCCCUGAGGACGUCGUGACCCUUGCUCACUACGGCGGCUUCCUGCUGAGAAACGGGAAAGCAGAAGAGGCCGAGCAGAGGUUCAAGCAGGAAAGAGCAUGCUUGCCACAAAACGCCAUGGAGAUCGACCCUGAGGUUGCGAAACCUAUCAUCGAGCUACGACGAUCCCUUGUGGGAGAAUCGUUGAUGCAGCAGAUGUGA